AUGUGCUUUGAAUCCGAAUACGAGCGCUUGCUUGUCAUAGACGAAGAUUCCGAUGACUCUACGAGCAGAAUGUAAGCUUUUUAGUUUUUUUACUUGGUUUUUGACCGGCAACCAACCGGAUGUUGCCUCCAGUUUUUAUAAUUCCUUGAAAAAAAGGCAUUAUAAUUAAAACUUUUUGAUUUUUUCGCCACAGUUGAAGUCCUUAUAAUGUAAGCUAAUUUUUUUAUAUAGUAGUUCAAAACCAUUUUUAGACUUGCAUUGCCAAGAAAGGUCAAAUACACAACAGUCCAAUGGAAAAAAGCUGGAAGAGCUUCCCGAAGAUUGAUCUCAAGAUGUGGGCGAUUCUUUGUCCGAUCGCUUCUGCUUUUUUUCUGCAUUAAGUUUGAAAAGAAUGAGUAA